CUAAGCAUCAGGUUAAAGUGAUUUUCUCUUCCGGGAAUCCUUUGUUACAUUUUUUCUCAUUCCAAACAUCAAUGGGUUCUGGACAGCUCCAUGUAGAAGUUGAGGUGAAGUCCCCAGCAGACAAGUUCUGGGGAAUCAUUAGGGACUCCGCCUCCGUCUUCCCCAAGGCCUUCCCUCAGGACUACAAGAGCAUUGAAGUGCUGGAAGGCGAUGGAAAGGCCCCGGGAUCUGUAAGACUCGUAACAUAUUCUGAAGGUUCUCCAAUGAUCAAAGUAUCAAAAGAGAAAAUCGAUGCUGCAGAUGAUGCAGAGAGGUGGGUGGCUUACAGUGUCAUUGAUGGAGAUCUCCUGAAAUACUACAAGGUUUUCAAAGGGAAGGUCAAUGUGAUUCCUAAGGGAGAUGGGAGCCUGGUGAAAUGGUCCUGUGACUUUGAGAAGGCAAGUGAGGAGAUUCCUGAUCCAAAUAUGAUCAAGGAAUUUGCAGUGAAGAACUUCAAGGAUAUGGAUGCCUUUGUUCUCCAGGCUUAGAAAUGAAGGGCACACGCCCCUUGAGAGGGUUGUUGUCUAGCAUAUAUGCACCAUGUUUAAGUAAAUAAUGUAGGACACUCUGCCCUACCACGAACUCCUGAAGUUCUUGAGCUUUAUUUAUCAAGAGAACUUAAAAUAUAUACAUACAUACAUAUAUAUAUAUAUAUAUAUAUAUAUAUAUAUCCAUCUACCUACUGCUCCUUUUAAGCCAGGUUAAAUUUCUGGAUUUACAUGUUCAUGAAGAUAUAUUUAGUUAUAUUAGACUUGAAAUAUUCCACCAUUCCUAUACCUACAAAAUUUACAGUUCACAUAAAAAUUAAAAAAAAAAAGGCUUCUCAAUGACCCCAGCCAAUCUUCAUGUUCAUGUUGUUCAAUCUCAUCGUUUUGACACAUCCAAUAAAAUCUGAAUUGCUCAAGGUCUGGAUGAGUUCCACCCUGGGAUGCUCAAGGUCUGGUUGAGUCCCCACCCGCAGGCCCCUGUGAGUUUCUGCAACACUAAAAGAUAGCAGUUAAUUCUCAAGUUCUACAGCUAACCUCUUGUGCGAGGAAGCUCAUGCUUUAUCUAUGCUAAUACUUGUUUGCCAAAAAACAACAAAGAAGGCUAUGCUAGUGAUACUUUGAUUGGAAAAGAAAACAUGGAAAAAUGCCGGUCAUAUUAAUUGUCUCUUCACCGUUUUAAACUGUUCAAGUACACUUCAUGAAUGUUUAAGUAUUUGACAUAAAAUGAAAAUACUAUGAGUUUUAUUUGUUUAGUAUUAACAACAGAGGCAAUCCAAAUGGCAAAUGUGUAUAUAUAUAUAUAUAUUUAUUUAUUUAUUUAUGAAUAGACCAAGAAAACAAAUAUUUUCUUUAAGAUAUUGGUGAAACUUAAAACAUGUAAUCUGUUAUGGUCCAACAUGAGUUUUUAGAUAGGAUGAGGACAUGUCAAUGUACUGAGUGGAAGAGAGAAUGCUAUAUAAAUCAAUAUAUAUAUUUGACAAGU